AUGUCUUUUGAUAGAGUCAAUUACGACCCUAAAUUUAAACCUGUCAAGGGAAUUUAUGAGGACAGAUUAAGACAAUUUAUAAGCAAGGGAGGUGAUUACAGAGAUUUGAAUCUUCCAAAAUUUUAUGAUAAGCAACGUAUUGUUCUUGAUCAAAACCAUGUGAAACUUACCUGGUACCAAGUCCCCUUUGAAAGUGGGUCCUCUCCAGUAUCACCCGAUAAAAGACCCUCUUGGGAAUCUAUCAUUAAAGCAGAUAAGAAUAAUGAAUUGAAAUUUCAAAAUGCUUCCAUUAAUCAACCCUUUGGACCAAGUUGGUCUACCACUUGGUUCAAAGUGGAAUUGAAUAUACCACAAGAUUGGGUCGAUUCUGGUGAACAAUUGAUUUUCCAAUUCGAUUGUUCUAAUGAAGGUGUCGUUAUUGAUCCAAAUACGUUGAAUCCACAAACUGCCUUCUCAGGGAAUGGUGAAAGAACCGAAUAUUUAUUACCAAAACAAAAAAAUGGACAAUAUUCGUUCUAUAUUGAAACUGGUAAUAAUGGUAUGUUUGGAUGUGGGGAAGGCUCUACUAUCAAUCCUCCGGAUAACAAUAGAUACUUCCAUUUACAAAAGGCUGCUAUUGUUUGGCCCGAUUGGAAUGCACGUGGCUUAUAUAUCGAUUUCUGGAUGCUUGGAGAUGCAGCAAGAGAAUUGCCUGAUGAUUCUUGGCAAAAGAACAGAGCAAGAACAAUCGCCAAUAAAUGUAUGGAUUUAUUUGACCCAAUGGAUAGAGCCAGUGUUUUAAAAUGUCGUGAAUAUAUUCAUUCAGAGUAUUUUGAUAAAUUCUCCGAUGAUGAUCAAGUGUAUUCCCAAGGUGAUCCCAACAUUUUUACAACUGUUUAUGGGAUAGGUAACUGUCACAUCGAUACUGCAUGGUUGUGGCCCUUUGCAGAGACAAGGAGAAAAAUUGUUAGGUCAUGGUCUUCCCAAUGUACCUUAAUGGAUGAAUACCCUGAAUACCAAUUUGUGGCAUCUCAAGCUCAACAGUUUAAAUGGCUCUUAGAGGACCAUCCUGAUUUCUUUAAUAAAGUUUUGGUUCCAAAAGUUCAGCAAUCUCAAUUCUUUCCUAUAGGUGGCUCUUGGGUUGAAAAUGAUACAAAUAUACCUUCUGGAGAAUCAUUAGCCAGACAAUUCUUCUUGGGCCAAAGAUUUUUCUUGAAAUACUUCGGCAUUAAAUCUGACGUCUUUUGGUUACCUGACACAUUUGGGUAUUCCUCUCAAAUUCCACAAUUAUGUAAGUUGUCUGGAAUUGAUAAAUUUUUAACUCAAAAGUUAUCCUGGAAUAAUAUUAAUAGUUUCCCUCAUUCUACCUUUAAUUGGGCGGGAAUUGAUGGUUCCCAACUGUUAACUCAUAUGCCCCCAGGCAAUACAUAUACUGCCGAUUCUCACUUUGGCGAUGUUUUACGAACUUCAAGGCAAAAUAAGUCUUCUGAGUUUUAUGGAGCAGGUCUCAUGUUAUAUGGUAAAGGUGAUGGUGGUGGUGGACCAACUCGUGAAAUGUUAGAGAAGAUGAGACGUAUUAGAUCAAUGUCAAAUCGUAACGGUAAUGUAAUCCCUAAGCUACAAGUUGGCACAAAUGUUGAUGGGUUUUACCAAGAUGUUUUGAAAAGAACAAAUAAUGGUAAUGAUUUACCAACUUGGUGUGGUGAGUUAUAUUUUGAAUUCCAUAGAGGUACUUACACAAGCCAAGCACAAACUAAGAGAUUAAUGAGACUCUCUGAGGUCAAACUGCAUGAUGUCGAAUGGUUAGCUACCAAAGCAUCUAUUCUAUGUCCUGAUAGCUUCAAAUACCCAGUUGAAAAAUUAAGUGAACUAUGGGAAAAUACUUUACUUUGUCAAUUCCAUGAUGUCUUACCUGGCUCCUGUAUUGAGAUUGUUUACAAAUAUGAAGCCAUCCCUAUGUUACAAAAAGUGGUAAAUGAAUGUGAUAACCUUUUGGAACAUAUUCAAACUGUUUUGAAAGGAAACACGGAAUCUAGCCUUACUGUUAGCACAUUAUCUUGGCAAGAAAAUCUUGGCUCUAAUGUUCAAGCGCCAAUUGUUCCAAACAUAGAAGAAUCUACCGAUAAUUAUACAAUUUCGAAUGGUGUUUUAAAUGUGAGCGUAAACAAGAAUCUUGGAACAAUUACAAGUAUCAAAGAUAUUAACACAGGUACGGAGUACAUUGAUAUUGAAAAUGGAAGAAACAAGAACGGUGCCAACCAGUUUGUAAUCUUUGACGAUAAACCAUUGAGCUGGCAAGCAUGGGAUACCGAAUUAUAUUCAGUGAAUCAAUUCAAAUAUUUAACUGAUAUUGAAGAGGUUAAAGUCCUUCCUACCACCGACGGUGUUUGUGGGAUCGAAGUCAUUGUGAAAGUUAGCGAGGACUGUAAGAUUAGAACUAAGAUAACUCUUCCCACCGACAAGGCAAAACUCGAUGAAACCACAGUUGAUAUUACAACCACUGUUGAAAAUUGGAAUGCAAGGAAUAAGUUUUUGAAAGUUGAAUUCCCAGUUAAUAUCCGUAACGAUACUGCUUCUUACGAAACCCAAUUCGGAAUCAUGAAGAGACCUACUCAUUACAACACUUCAUGGGAUGUGGCUAAAUUUGAAGUAUGUCACCAUAAAUUUGCUGAUUAUUCUGAAUACACGAAGGGUGUAUCAAUUUUAAAUAAUUGCAAAUACGGAUUUUCAACUCAUGGUAAUUUGAUGAGGUUAUCAUUGUUGCGUUCACCAAAGGCACCUGAUGCUCAUGCUGAUAUGGGUACUCACGAAAUUAAAUACUCAAUCUACCCACAUAAAGGCCAAUUAUCCUACAAGACUGUUAGAUUGGCUCACGAGCUUAACUACAAUCAGAAGUUCCGCAUUUCCAAGGAAUUUGGUAGCCAAUUUAACAAUAUUAUAAGGAUUAUUGGGGAUGAAAAUGUCAUUCUUUCAAACAUAAAGAGAGGUGAAGAUGAUGUAAUUAUCAACUCACCUUAUGCACUAAAACCGGAAAAUACUAAUUCAAUGGUUGUAAGAGUUUAUGAAUCUUUAGGUGGUGAAUCCCAUGCCAAGUUAAUUACAAAUUUACCUCUACAGAGAGUUGUUAAGGUAGAUAAUUUGGAACUAGAAGUGUUAGAGGAAGUGAAUUUUAGUAAAACGCCUUCAAAUGAUGACUUUAACAUUCCAAUCACCCUAAGAGCUUUUGAAAUUGCUUCAUACAAGUUUAUCUUUUAA